AUGGGCUCGCAGCCCACCCUCAACGACUCAGGACAGGCUCCCCAUUCUCCCCGGGCAUCCGUGCGCAAGGCCGUGAGACAGCGACCGCUUUCGCGAACCUUUGAGCCCAACCCACAGCUCGCAGCCAUUGGUUCCGAGAGCCCGACCGACUCUGCUGCCUCGAGCCCCUCCGACAACUCUGGCAUCCGAGACAAAAUUGCUCAUGUCGAGUCCAAGAUCCGAGGCUCAGGGGAGGCGCCGUCGCCCAAUACCUCGCGGCCAGGUAAACCGGUCUUGAAAUCGCUUGCCAAGGGAUUUGGCUCCAUUGCUUCCAGCGUCAAGCCGUUUUUGAGCCGCGACAAAAGUGGCUCGAAAGAGAAUCUGCAGAUCUCGACCACCAGCCAACCACCAAGCAGUACAGAGACCCAGCUAUGUGGAUCGCCAGUUAUUGGAGGUGCUACCGUUCACCGGCGGGACGGAGGGCGGGCUCCCGAGCCACUUGCACGAUCCAACGACGCUCCGCCGUCGCCCGCAGCGGAUACUUCAGGCACCCCCAAUCCCAAGGGCACGUAUGGACCGCGAUCGAAACGACGCACCUCGGGAGGAUACGGCGUUGGCGAAACUGUUUCUGGAGACUUUACUUGGCUGAGGAACCCCUCGGUCUCGAGCCCUGCCACGACAAAGUCCCUUGAGUGUUUGAUGAGCAAGGACGAGGCAGAAACUGGGAUCCCAGACAGCGGCUCCAGUGCCGAGGGCACGCCAAUUGACGAGGAGCAGAACAAGCGCCGGCUCAAGCGCAUGAGCGGCAUGUCUCGAUCGCCCAGCGUACGUGAGCGAAUCUCGCGACUGGAGCAGGUGGGCGAUAAGAGUGGGUGCCCAACACCACCUCCACUCCCCAAGCCGUCGGAUGGGGCAUCUGUCGACUCAGCCAAGUCUUCACGGAAACAGCCGACCCUGCGUGGGAACCGAUAA